AUUAACUCCUUGUGUUGAUGCAAUAGUGACUUUGGUCACGCUAUUAUAGUGUUUUCUCCGCUGUUAAAGGUGUCAGGUUGUAGGCAGCUGUUUAACUGCAGUGAUGACGGAAGAAAAGCCGCAGAAGCUCAAACUAAAGCGGGAGCUGGGGAUGCUGGGAGCCGUGUCCCUCAUCGUGGGGACGGCGGUCGGAUCUGGGAUCUUCAUGACCCCACAGACGGUGAUCAGCUCCAUCGGGAGCCCCGGUGCCAGCCUGGUUAUAUGGGCGUCUUGCGGCCUGCUGGCGAUUCUGGCGUCUUUCUGCUACGCCGAGCUCGGCACAGUUAUAAAAGAAUCAGGGGGCGAGUACAUCUACAUUCUGAGGACUUCAUGUCCAGCGCUUGCCUUCAUGUUCAUCUUUAGCUCUGUGCUCUUUGUGAGACCUGCAGGCAUUGCUGGCAUAGGACUGAGUUUUGCUGCCUAUGUUGUGACUCCUUUCUACGGAGACUGCCCCCCUCCGGUGCUGGUGGUGAAGUGCGUGGCCGCAGCGGCAAUUAUCACGCUCGCCACCGUGAACUGCAUGAAAGUUCGCUUUGCAAUGUCAAUCCAAGUUUUCUUUACUGUAGUCAAAGUCUUGGCUCUGGCAGGGAUUAUCAUAGGAGGUGUGGUGAUGCUUAUCAAAGGCCACACUGAGAAUUUUGAAAACUCCUUUGAGAACACAAAUGUUGGCGUCAAUUCAAUAGGAAUUGCUUUCUACCAGGGGCUGUGGUCAUACGACGGCUGGAACAAUCUGAACUCAGUGACUGAAGAGUUAAAACGUCCCGAGGUGAUCUUCUUGGUGGCCAAAGUGUUUUCACUCACUUUCAUUGUAAUUGGAGGGCUAGUGAAAGUCAUACAGAGCAGCACUGUGAUCGAGGAAAAUUUUAAUGUUGAGAAUGCUUUUCAAGGCACAGAGUAUUCUGUGGGCACUCUGGGAAUGGCUUUCUAUCAAGGCCUCUGGUCUUACGCUGGCUGGUACAACUUAAACUAUGUGACUGAGGAGCUGAACAAACCAGAG